UUGCACACACAUUGUUCACUCCAGUCAAAGUCACGGGACAAGUCAGUGUUCGUGAUAAUAUUUACCUACCUACACAGUUUUAGGUUAGUUUGAAAAAAGUUUUCCCUUGAUUACAAUUUCGUUUGGAGUUUAAAAACAACUGAAAUACAAGAUGUCACUUUAUCCAUCACUUGAAGACAUGAAGGUGGACCAGAUGGCAAAUGCCCAGAGCCAACACCAGUAUGUUGCGCAACACCAGGCAGCAGUAGCGGCCCCUCCUGCUCCAGGUCAGAUGACGGCUAUGGCAUCGUCUAGUUCCCUGUAUCCCUCUCUUGAAGAAUACAUGGGGUUGAAUCUCUCACCAGAAAUGGUUGCAGCUAACAUGCCAAAUGUACAGGCGGUAGUUCCGAGACAAGCUGGAACCGUUGCCAUGGGAACAAGCAGUAUGGUUGCUCCAGUGACCGGAUCCCAGAACCUUGGACUGAUCAGGGCCAAUGUGACAAAUGGUGUAAGACAAGUCAUCUUGUGCAAGGAUGGAAAAGGCAAAAUUGGUCUGCGAGUCAAGGCCAUUAGUAAGGGUGUGUUUGUUUCGUUUGUCAACAAUGGAUCACCCGCAGCCAUGGGCGGAGUGAGAUUUGGCGACCAGAUUCUGCAGAUCAACGGUGAGAAUUGCGCUGGGAUGUCAACUGAUCAGACAAUGAGUAAACUUCGCAAAGCAUCUGCUGAAAGGAUCGUGAUGGCUCUCAGAGACAGACCAUUCGAGAGGACCAUUACUUUACAGAAGGACAGCACGAAUCACGUCGGCUUCGUCUUCAAGAGCGGCAAAAUCACAGCCAUUGCUAAAGACACCUCAGCAGCAAGGAACGGACUUCUCAUUGACCACGCAAUGCUGGAAGUGCAAGGUCAAAACGUGAUUGGAAUGAAGGACCGGGAGAUUCUUGAGAUCCUGGCCAAGGAAGGAAAGACAGUUACCCUGACGAUCAUGCCAAACUUUGUCUUUGACCAUGUCAUGAAGAGCAUGGCAUCGUCACUUGUGAAGAAUUCCAUGGAUCACAGCAUACCAGAAGUCUAAACACAGGCACAGCAGUGUGGGGGAAAGAGGCAUCAUGGGAAGGAAAUGAGGCAUCAUGGGAAAGGAAAUGGAGCAUCAUGGGAGCAGUUUGGAUCUAUAACGUGCAUGAAAAGUUUGAUUUGUUGAAUUCCGAAGGGGGUAAAGUUUUGUAAUGCCAAACGAAUAUACUUCUGUCUUAAUAAGUGUGUACAAUUUUUCAUUUCUGUCGCAGGUAAUCUUCAUUCUAAAAAAAUGUGCUGAAAUGUUAUUCCACUCUUUCGCUCGGGUAAACAGUAGAAGGUGUAAAGCUGUAUUAACAAUGCUAUGAAGUAUUACAAUAAUGUAUAACUGCGAGAAGGGGGGGGGGCUUCAACACCUGAGCCACCAAAAAAUAAAAAUAGUAAUGGAGCCUCAAUCUAAUUUGGUUUGUCACAACUCACUGAAUUCCAAAUUAAAUUGCCUGUAUAUAUUAUUCUCACCAACAGGUCACAAAUAGGAAUACAUUUACUGUUACUUAAGUUAUUUGAUUAAAACAAACAAAUAUUCACUUAUCCAUUUCUGCUUAUUUCAGCUUUCAUGAAAUUCAUCAAAUUGUGUAUGUUAGAGUUUAAAUGUAGUGUCAUAGAUUGGUGAAUAGUCCAAAAAUGUAUGCCCAUAAAAUCCUGGGCCCAAUUUCAUAGAGCUGCUUAAGCACAAAAUUUUGCUUAAGCAAAAAGAUCCUUGCCUAGUAAAGUCAGAUUACCGGCCAAGACUCCACUCAAUUGUUAUACUAAGUAAACAACAGCUAAGUACCAGUCACAACGUUUCAACCAGAAAUCAACACUUGAAUCUGAGAAACAACAUGUUCAUUUUGCUGGGUUUAGGGGGAGGGGGUUGUGGUGGCUCAUUCCAUAAAGCUGUGUGAACCAAAACAAAGACCAAUGUCUUGGUGUAUGUGUGUGAUGGAAACAUUUAAACAGAAGAAGAAGGAAAGAAGGCAUAGAGGGAGAAUAUUUACAAUAGCAUCAGUGGCUCAAAUGAAAUGCCAAACUUGGGAGUAGCAUUACCACAGCAGAUUUAGUCUUAUAACAACACAGGAAUUUCAAAGUUAUUGUGCGGAAGUGUAAAUUAGUCGUCUUUUAUAUAAGAAUAUAAUUAGAUUGCAUCAAGAUUAUUGCAUUCAAAUUGAGUUUACUAUGAGCCUAGGUAAUACAUUAACUCAUUUAUAUUGUCUCAUUAAAAAAAUAUGGAGAAAUUUCAUAUGUGUUAUUGAUUUUAAAAUGUUAUUAACAUAUCUUGUAUUUGUAUGGGAGAGAAAAUACCUUGUUUAAUGGGGAGGGGAGGGGCAACCUUGUAAGAUACUUAAAUUAAGAUGAAAAUAUAGGGGUUUUUUUGUAUGUGUUUUUCACUAUUAUUAUAUUUUUGUUAUGGUGUGCUAUUUUUGUAACAACAAAACAAUAGUAAGGAAACUUUUAAAUGCAUAUGCCAUCGAGGUAAACAGGGGGUGCAACAUCUUAAAUUCUUUGUGAUUUUUUUCUUGGGCCUGUAACUCAUUGUAAAAGUUCAGUUGUAGAUGGACAAUUUCAAAGUAUUUUAUGAAUUUUUUUUUUUUUGCUUUUUCCAUCGGAAGCUUUUUCGAAAUCUGCUAACAAAUUGUACAUAGAAUUAUUUUUAAUUGUUGAAUUAUCGAUUUAAGGAAAAUAAAUUAAUAUUUACAAAUAAA